AGUCUGAAUGAUUCCCACAAUCAGAUGGUGGUGCACUGGGCUGGAGAGAAAAGCAACGUGAUCGUGGCCUUAGCCCGAGACAGCCUGGCAUUGGCGAGACCCAAGAGCAGUGAUGUGUACGUGUCUUAUGACUAUGGAAAAUCAUUCAAGAAAAUUUCAGAGAAGUUAAACUUUGGUGUGGGAAACAGCAGUGAAUCUGUGAUUGCCCAGUUCUACCACAGUCCUGCAGACAACAAGCGUUACAUAUUUGCAGAUGCGUAUGCCCAAUAUCUUUGGAUCACGUUUGACUUCUGCAACACUAUCCAAGGCUUUUCCAUCCCAUUCCGAGCAGCUGAUCUCCUCCUCCACAGCAAGGCCUCGAACCUUCUCCUGGGAUUUGACAGGUCUCACCCCAACAAACAGCUGUGGAAAUCAGAUGAUUUUGGCCAGACCUGGAUUAUGAUUCAGGAACACGUGAAGUCAUUUUCUUGGGGAAUUGAUCCCUAUGACAAGCCAAACACAAUCUACAUUGAACGGCAUGAACCCUCUGGUUACUCCACAGUUUUCCGAAGUACAGACUUCUUCCAGUCCCGGGAAAACCAGGAAGUGAUUCUUGAGGAAGUGAAGGACUUCCAGCUUCAGGAUAAGUACAUGUUUGCUACAAAAGUGGUGCAUCUCUGGGGCAGUCAGCAGCAGUCUUCUGUCCAGCUCUGGGUCUCCUUUGGCCGGCAGCCCAUGAGAGCAGCCCAGUUUGUCACAAGACAUCCUAUUAAUGAAUACUACAUUGCAGAUGCCUCGGAGGACCAGGUGUUUGUGUGUGUCAGUCAUAGUAACAACCGCACCAAUUUAUACAUCUCAGAGGCAGAGGGGCUGAAGUUCUCUCUGUCCUUGGAGAACGUGCUGUAUUACAGUCCAGGGGGAGCUGGCAGUGACACCUUGGUGAGGUAUUUUGCAAAUGAACCAUUUGCUGACUUCCACCGAGUGGAAGGAUUACAAGGUGUGUACAUUGCUACUCUGAUUAAUGGCUCUUUGAAUGAGGAGAAUAUGAGAUCAGUCAUCACCUUUGACAAAGGAGGAACCUGGGAAUUUCUUCAGGCUCCAGCCUUCACAGGAUAUGGAGAGAAAAUCAACUGUGAGCUUUCCCAGGGCUGUUCCCUCCACCUGGCCCAGCGCCUUAGUCAGCUGCUCAACUUCCAACUCCGGAGAAUGCCCAUCCUGUCCAAGGAGUCAGCUCCCGGUCUCAUCAUUGCCACUGGUUCUGUGGGAAAGAACUUGGCAAGCAAGACGAAUGUGUACAUCUCUAGUAGUGCUGGAGCCAGGUGGCGAGAGGCACUCCCUGGACCUCACUACUAUACCUGGGGAGAUCAUGGUGGCAUCAUCAUGGCUAUUGCCCAGGGGAUGGAAACGAAUGAACUGAAAUAUAGUACCAAUGAAGGAGAGACCUGGAAAACGUUCCUUUUCUCUGAGAGGCCAGUGUUUGUCUAUGGCCUCCUCACGGAGCCUGGGGAGAAGAGCACUGUCUUCACCAUCUUUGGCUCAAACAAAGAGAAUGUCCACAGCUGGCUGAUUCUCCAGGUCAAUGCUACUGAUGCCUUGGGGGUUCCCUGCACUGAGAACGACUACAAGCUGUGGUCCCCGUCUGAUGAGCGGGGGAAUGAGUGCCUGCUAGGACACAAGACCGUUUUCAAAAGGAGGACCCCCCAUGCAACAUGCUUUAAUGGAGAAGACUUUGACAGGCCAGUGAUAGUGUCCAACUGCUCCUGUACCCGGGAGGACUAUGAAUGUGACUUUGGCUUCAAGAUGAGUGAAGACUUGUCAUUAGAGGUUUGUGUUCCAGAUCCUGAGUUUUCUGGGAAGUCAUACUACCCUCCCGUACCUUGUCCUGUGGGUUCUACUUAUAGGAGAACAAGAGGUUACCGGAAGAUAUCUGGGGAUACUUGUAGUGGUGGAGAUGUUGAAGCCCGACUGGAAGGAGAGCUGGUCCCCUGUCCCCUAGCAGAGGAGAAUGAGUUCAUCUUAUAUGCCAUGCGGAAGUCCAUCUACCGCUAUGACUUAGCCUCAGGAGCCACCGAGCAGUUGCCUCUCACUGGGUUGCGGGCCGCCGUGGCCCUGGACUUUGACUAUGAGCACAACUGCUUGUAUUGGUCUGACCUGGCCUUGGACAUCAUCCAGCGCCUCUGCUUGAAUGGGAGUACGGGGCAAGAGGUGAUCAUCAAUUCUGGACUGGAGACAGUAGAAGCUUUGGCUUUUGAACCCCUCAGCCAGUUGCUUUACUGGGUGGACGCUGGCUUUAAAAAGAUCGAGGUAGCCAAUCCAGAUGGCGACUUCCGACUCACGAUCGUCAAUUCUUCUGUGCUCGACCGUCCCAGGGCUCUGGUCCUCAUUCCUCAAGAGGGGAUGAUGUUCUGGACGGACUGGGGGGACCUGAGGCCUGGGAUUUAUGGCAGCAACAUGGAUGGCUCUGCUGUCCGUUGUCUUGUGUCAGAGGACGUGAAGUGGCCCAAUGGCAUCUCUGUGGAUGACCAGUGGAUCUACUGGACAGAUGCCUACCUGGACUGUAUUGAGCGGAUCAGCUUCAGUGGCCAGCAGCGCUCAGUGAUCCUGGACAACCUCCCGCACCCUUACGCCAUUGCUGUGUUUAAGAAUGAAAUCUACUGGGAUGAUUGGUCACAGCUCAGCAUAUUUCGAGCUUCCAAAUACAGUGGGUCGCAAAUGGAGAUUCUGGCAAGCCAACUCACUGGGCUGAUGGACAUGAAGAUUUUCUACAAAGGAAAGACCACUGGAAGCAAUGCCUGUGUGUCCAAGCCUUGCAGCCUGCUCUGUUUACCCAAAGCCAAUCACAGUAGAAGCUGUAGGUGCCCAGAUGGUGUGUCCAGCAAGAUCCUACCAUCCGGAGAUCUGAUGUGUGACUGCCCUCAGGGCUAUCAGUUGGAGAAUAACACCUGUGUCAAAGAAGAGAACACCUGUCUGCGCAACCAGUAUCGCUGCAGCAAUGGGAACUGUAUCAACAGCAUUUGGUGGUGUGAUUUCGACAAUGACUGUGGAGACAUGAGUGACGAGAGAAACUGCCCUACCACCAUUUGUGAUCUGGAAACCCAGUUCCGUUGCCAGGAGUCUGGGACCUGUAUUCCACUCUCCUAUAAAUGUGACCUGGAGGAUGACUGUGGAGACAACAGUGAUGAAAGUCACUGUGAAACUCACCAGUGUCGGAGUGAUGAAUACAAUUGCAGCUCUGGCAUGUGCAUCCGCUCCUCCUGGGUGUGUGAUGGGGACAAUGACUGCAGGGACUGGUCUGAUGAAGCCAACUGCACUGCCAUCUACCAUACCUGUGAGGCCUCCAACUUCCAGUGCCACAAUGGGCACUGCAUCCCCCAGCGGUGGGCCUGUGAUGGGGACAUGGAUUGCCAAGAUGGUUCUGAUGAGGAUCCAGUCAACUGUGAGAAGAAGUGCAAUGGGUUCCGCUGCCCAAAUGGCAAUUGCAUCCCAUCCAGCAAACACUGCGAUGGUCUGCGUGAUUGCUCAGACGGCUCAGAUGAACUGCACUGUGAGCCCCUGUGCACACGCUUCAUGGAUUUUGUGUGCAAGAACCGCCAGCAAUGCCUGUUCCACUCCAUGGUCUGUGAUGGAAUCAUACAGUGCCGCGACGGGUCAGAUGAGGAUGUGACAUUUGCAGGAUGCUCCCAAGACCCUGAGUUCCACAAGGUUUGUGAUGAGUUCAGUUUCCAGUGUCAGAAUGGUGUGUGCAUCAGUUUGAUUUGGAAAUGUGACGGGAUGGAUGACUGCGGUGACUACUCUGAUGAAGCCAACUGUGAAAAUCCCACCGAAGCUCCCAACUGCUCCCGCUACUUCCGGUUCCAGUGUGAGAAUGGCCACUGCAUCCCUAACAGGUGGAAAUGUGACCAGGAGAACGACUGUGGGGACUGGUCUGAUGAAAAGGACUGCGGAGAUUCACGUAUUCUUCCCUCCCCGACUCCUGGGCCUUCCACAUGUCUGCCCAAUUACUACCGCUGCAGCAGUGGGACCUGUGUGAUGGACAGCUGGGUGUGUGAUGGGUACCGUGAUUGUGCAGAUGGCUCAGAUGAGGAAGCCUGCCCCUCUCCUGCAAAUAUCACUGCCACCUCCAGUACCACCCAGCUUGGAAGAUGUGACCGAUUUGAGUUUGAAUGCCGACAACCAAAGAAGUGUAUCCCCAACUGGAAGCGCUGUGAUGGUCAUCAAGAUUGCCAGGAUGGCCAGGAUGAGGCCAAUUGCCCCACACACAGCACGUUGACCUGUAUGAGCAGGGAGUUCAGGUGUGAGGAUGGUGAGACCUGCAUCCUACUCUCUGAGCACUGUGACGGCUUCCUGGACUGUUCCGAUGGCAGUGAUGAGCGGGCCUGCAGUGAUGAAUUAACUGUAUACAAAGUACAGAAUCUUCAGUGGACGGCUGACUUCUCUGGGGAUGUAACUUUGACAUGGAUGCGCCCCAAAAAAAUGCCUUCUGCUUCUUGUGUUUAUAACAUCUACUACAGGGUGGUUGGAGAGAGCAUAUGGAAGGCUCUGGAGACCCACAGCAAUAAAACAAGCACAGUAUUAAAAGUCUUGAAACCAGAUACCACAUAUCAGGUUAAAGUACAAGUCCAGUGUCUGAGCAAGGUGCACAACACCAAUGACUUUGUUAACCUGAGGACUCCAGAAGGAUUGCCAGACGCCCCUCAAAAUCUGCAGCUAUCACUGUACAGCGAAGCUGAAGGUGUGAUUGUGGGUCACUGGACUCCUCCUGCCCACACUCAUGGCCUUAUCCGAGAGUACAUUGUAGAAUACAGCAGGAGUGGUUCCAAGAUAUGGGCCUCCCAGAGGGCUGCUAGUAACUUUACAGAAAUAAAGGACUUGUUGGUCAACGUUCUCUAUACUGUCAGAGUGGCUGCGGUGACUAGUCGUGGAAUAGGAAACUGGAGCGAUUCUAAAUCCAUUACCACCAUAAAAGGAAAAGUGAUCCCACCACCAAAUAUCCACAUUGACAGCUACAGUGAAAAUUCUCUAAGCUUUACCCUGACCAUGGAUAGUGACAUCAAGGUGAAUGGCUAUGUGGUAAACAUUUUCUGGGCAUUUGACACCCACAGACAAGAGAGGAGAAUUUUGAACUUCCGAGGGAGUCACUUGUCACACAAAGUCGGCAAUCUGACAGCUCACACCUCCUAUGAGAUUUCUGCCUGGGCCAGGACUGACUUAGGGGACAGUCCUUUAGCAUUUGAGCAUGUCAUGACCAAAGGGACUCGCCCACCUGCUCCUAGCCUCAAAGCCAAGGCCGUCAAUCAGACUGCUGUGGAAUGCACCUGGACUGGCCCCAGGAAUGUGGUUUAUGGCAUUUUCUAUGCCACGUCCUUUCUUGACCUCUAUCGCAAUCCAAAGAGCUUGACAACUUCACUCCACAACAAAACAGUCAUCGUCAGUAGGGAUGAGCAGUACUUGUUUCUGGUCCGAGUGGUGGUGCCCUACGAAGGUCCAUCCUCUGACUAUGUUGUAGUGAAGAUGAUCCCGGACAGCAGGCUCCCACCUCGUCACCUGCAUGCAGUACGCACAGGCAAAACCUCAGCUGUCAUCAAAUGGGAGUCACCAUACGACUCUCCUGACCAGGACCUGUUAUAUGCAAUUGCAGUUAAAGAUCUAAUAAGAAAGACCGACAGGAGCUAUAAAGUCAAGUCAUGCAACAGUACCAUGGAAUAUACAAUUAACAAGUUGGAACCUGGAGGGAAAUACCAUGUCAUUGUCCAACUGGGGAACAUGAGCAAAGAUUCCAGUAUAAAAAUUACCACAGUUUCGUUAUCAGCACCUGAUGCCUUAAAAAUCAUAACAGAAAAUGACCACAUUCUUCUAUUUUGGAAAAGUCUAGCUUUAAAGGAAAAGCAUUUCAAUGAAAGCAGGGGGUAUGAGAUACAUAUGUUUGAUAGUGCCAUGAAUAUUUCAGCUUACCUUGGGAAUACCACUGACAAUUUCUUUAAAAUUUCCAAUCUGAAGAUGGGUCAUAAUUAUACUUUCACGGUCCAAGCAAGAUGCCUUUUUGGCAGCCAGAUCUGUGGGGAUCCUGCUGUCCUUCUCUAUGACGAUCUGGGAACUGGUGUAGAUGCAUCAGCGAUUCAGGCUGCCAGAUCUACCGAUGUGGCUGCAGUGGUGGUGCCCAUCUUGUUUCUGAUAUUGCUGAGCCUGGGCGUCGGCUUUGCCAUCCUGUACACAAAGCAUCGAAGGCUGCAGAGCAGCUUCACUGCAUUUGCCAAUAGCCACUACAGCUCCAGGCUGGGCUCUGCCAUCUUCUCCUCAGGGGAUGACCUAGGAGAAGAUGAUGAAGAUGCUCCUAUGAUAACUGGAUUUUCGGAUGACGUCCCCAUGGUGAUAGCCUGAAAGACCUUUCCUCACUAGAAACCAAAUGUUGUAAAUAUUUUAUUUGAUAUAGUUGAUGGUUUAUUUUAAAAGAUGCACUUUGAGUUGCAAUAUGUUAUUUUUAUAUGGGCCAAAAACAGAAAACAAAAAACAACCAAAAAAAAAAAAAAACAAAUGAAUGAAUAAACUUUGUAGUAAUCAACUGUGAACUUCAAACCAGGUUGAUUUUAGUAACCAAAUUGCUUUGAUUUGACAUUAAUUUAGUCUUACAGGGCUGUGCUUGCUGGGCAUGCUUUUAAGUCUGUGAGAUCAUUUUGGUUCAAUAAAUUGGCCAUUGUUUUUAUUUUUCUAAGACGCAGAAAUGUAUUUAAUAAAAUCUUCAAGAGAGAGUAAUGGGUAGAAUCCCUUUCUCCUUGAAGGUGUGAUCAAAUUGUAAGUUUUGUUUGGAUUUAGUUUCUAUGAAAGUGUUUGGGUAUAUUAUGGGGGAAGGCUCUUUUAUGUUGUUGUGUUAAUUUAUUGGGGCUCUGUUUAAGGCCAGGCUUUAGUAUACAUCUGACACUUGCACAUGUGAUGAGCCUCUUUAGCCCAUGGAAUUGGAGCAUGGGGCGCAGAAGCUUUUUUGUUGUCAUUCUGCAAGCAGUCCACUUUUACUCACUUGUGUGUCACAUAAUGGAAUUUAAUAGGAGAGAUCAUUGAGUCAUUGCUCCAUUCCAGUUCAGCAGAGCUCAGCUUGGGAAGCCCUGCAAAGCCAACAGCUUCCUCUUUCUUCUGUUGAUUGAUGGAAUCUCACUGUAUAUGCCUCUGUAUUUCAAAGAUGUAGCUUUGAAAGCUAAGAAAUGGUAAGACCACUUUAUUAUACACUGGUAUAAUUGUCAUUUGCAAAAAAAAAAAAAAUAUAUCACUCUGGUUGGGGGAAGAGUUCGGAGAGCCAUGCCAUGAUGUGACUAAUAGAUACACUGGCAAAUACAGUACCUAAGUUUUCCAUUUUAGAUUUUUCUUUUUCUUUUAAACUAACCACUGAAGAAUCUCGAAUGUAAAAUUUUGUAUCUGUGUUGCAGUGGUCCAUAAUGAUAUAUGCAGUCAUUUUGAAUUGGGUCAGUGCCUUCUCUCUCUUUCUCUCUUUAUUUUUCUCUUCCUUUCCUUCCACAUUCCCUACCCCUGUCCCCACCCAAUCUAAAGAGAAAGUGCUAUUCACUGUCACAGAGACAUAAGAAAUCCACAAAGCUGAGGCCACUGAAUCCAGUAAACAGUAGCAGCAGCACGGGAGUUUGUUCAUUUAUUCGCUCUGCAAAAUAAGCUGUGCUUUUCCUUCUGCCUUUAAAAUGCCCCCCUGCAUUCAAACCAUGGCCACUGAAUGGUUAUAUAGACUCCACUGUGGGCCAACACCCACUCUUUAGAUGUAGUGUUGUAGGUACUAAUGUCUAGCAUUGUUGUAACUUGACUGUGAAUCUCACUGCAAAACUUCCUCCCAGCUGAGGAGCAGGGAGUGCUGGGAAUAUUCCAAAGUCAUAUCCCUGAAUAAGUAUCCUUUAUAUGCAAGCUAUGUCAACCCCAUAUCCUCUUAGAUGCAAUGCGUCACCUUCCCACAAGUGUUUGGUUUCUUUUAGCCAAAAGUAUCAUUCUUGGGUGAUGAUAGAGUUGUGUUCUUCCUAGGGAUUGUUUGCAAAACAAAAAAAGAGCCAAUUACAUUUUAUUUUAAAGUUUUAUUUAUUUAUUUAUUUUAAAUGGGCAAUAUUUUAAACUGUCAAACUUUAGUAUACCACGAGGGUAGGUUCUGUUUCUUUUUAAACAACUGGUGGUCAUGAUGAGCCUACUUCAGUAUAUUUUCUCUUCUUCCUAUCUGUCCUUUUUUAAAUUUUUUUUAAAGACUGGAAGUUCCUUGGCUUUAUCUUAUCUUGCCUUGGAAUUUUCUUUAAAACUCCAGCCCCUACCACCUCUUCUUUAAAUAGCUGAAAUAUUAAAAAUCUGGUGGAAGUCAAGUCAUGUCAUGGAACCACUAGAAGGUAUAUUUUCAUCUUUUUCUGCCAACUUCUUGAGGAAAUUUGUAGAAGCUGGUAUAAAAGCCUCGGGGACUUUGUUUUCAAUUCUUCCGUAGGUGAGCUUUUUUAUAGCGCAUAUGUCUCCAGUUGGCAACUUGAGAUACUUUUGAGAAUCAAGUUCUAGUUACCAGUGCCUCCCAGUGCUUUGUGCACAGUACUGUAUAGACUGGCCCUCACCUCUCUCCUUGGAAAAUGCCACUGUGCUGUUUGAGAAAAAGCAGCCUUUUAGGGCUAGAGUAUUUUAUAUACACAGAAGAGCUAAGUUCCUGAAGACUAGAUAGAUGCAGCUAUGUAUAAAUUGUAUAUUUUUAUGAACUUUUGAAGCACGCACUCUUUUUUCCCUCUAUAUAGUUUCGUGUGGAAUUUUGAUGUAUAGAUGCUUGUCUGUAAGGGUCCAGAGGCUGGAGUGACAAUAGGAAAUGAAAACAAAAACUACGGCCAGCCUUUGAAGGGGACCCAAUAAUUGUCUUCACUGUGACAUUUGGAGCCCCUGGUUGCUUAUGAAGAAGGGACUUUAGUACCUCAUUGGAGAUGCCACCUCUACAGGGCAUGCUGUGCAGGGAAAAGCUUUUCUUCCCUCCCAGGGUAUGUUAGAAUGUCAGAUGCCACAUCCCUGUGGACCUCAUGGACCACUAGUAGACCACUAAAAUUUCACGGGCAGGGAACUGUGUGUAAGUUUUUUCUGGAAGCCGAUUUUUCUUCUUUAUGUGUUUAUCCCCCUUGAGCUUUAUAAGACGUGGAUAUAUUGGAUAAAAUGACAGAGUAGAAUUCUACAGAGGAUUCCAGGGAUAAAUCUUGUCUAAACAGGCCUGUUUCCAGACAGCUGAAAAGCUCCAGCAACUACUGGCUGCCCUGGCAAGCUGGGAAAAUAGUUAUGAUGUUGGGUAACCAGUUGAAACUUAGAACUUUUGGAAAAGUGGUGCCUGAGGCCUGGUUCCUUCUCUGGUCAUAUUAUUAAGGACAUUUGGGUGGAACAGCUGUGAGGCAUAACAACUUUACAUCUCUUUCCCAUCACGUGUGGCCCAUAGAUAAAGCUAUACUUAAUGAUUUAGGAAUGUGACCCUUUCUCAAAGCAGUGGCUGUUUUGAGAGGCACUGGGAAGAGUGAUGGUAUGGUGAGGCCUUUAUAGAUAAGCAUUUGCUUGACCUUUGGAGAAUCCUGCCUUCACUGUCCACCCAGCAGUCACUCCAUGUAGGAAGAUUGUAUGUCCCGUACUUCCUCAAGGGCAGGAACCCCAUCUUGUCAGGUUUGCGCAGUCACUUUCCCAGGAAGGGGUGAUGGUGAAUCCUCAUGAAAAAUUUUCUCUAACUUUAGCAGAGAGCUGGAGGAUCUCUUAAGAAGAGAUCUAGGAAUAUAACCAAACCAGAUAGCACCCCCAUCUUGAUUUCAAGAAUUGACUUGAAAACUGCAGAACCUUCCCUUCUUCACUUUUGUUGGGAUUGUAUCUUGACAUUCCUAUUAUGUUAAUUUUCUUAGCUGGAGUGUGUGCUGCCUUUCAGGUACAAUUUUUGUGUAAUAAAAGCCAGUGCAUUAAGUUUAUAUAGACUACUUUCUAUGCAAGACUGAGAUAUGGAAUAGAUACCAAGAGAUGUGUUGCUGGAUACACAGACAGUAAGUAUGUUUCAGAAAGGAUACCACCACCUAACAUGGGUUGAGGGAGGGUAGGUUGUAUAUAUGUUUCUGCCCACUACUAGUUUGAGCAGCCAUAUUAUAAAUUAAAUCAUCACAGCGAAGGAACCCAAGAAUGGUAUUCGUUUUAUCUGUAGAAAGGGAAGCUGCAUGAAUGCUGAAAUGGAACAUUCUUCUCAGAUAUUCCAUGUCACUUCUCAUUGAAAGACACUUGUUAUGAAUUAUUAGAAACAAUAGACAAAAUCAAAGUAUUGGCAGCAAAAUAAAGGCCUACUCUGCUCAUAUUUAAAGUGAAACACUGUACACUUGUUUCUCUCCAAAGUGAAAUUAGGUAUUCAUAAUUUCAGUUGCCUUGAUCGGUUUCCAAGUCACUGAUAUCUGCUGAAGAUUUUAUCUUGUUGCAAAAUUUAAGAUGAUUUUUGUCUCACUGUCAACUUUUUUCACUGAAUAAAAAAUUUAACUGGGUCAAGGAAACAUCUAUUUAAAAAUCCACUGUGCGUAUGUUGUGUUGUUUUUUUGAGUGCAAUAAAGAUGACUAAUAUCGUCUCCAAACACC